AUGUCCUUCCUUGAAGGCGCCGCCUUGCCUGUAGUGUUCAUCACGGCUGACAAUGCUCUGCACCACGUGGCGCGAACAACAGAUGGCGAGUCCAUCCUGAUCCACUCUGGGGCUGGAAGGACUGGCCGGGCGGCGAUCCAGAUAGCUAAAUUAUUUAACCCUAAUAUCUAUGUGACAGUUCGCUCCGACGAUAAGAAGAGGCUUCUGAUGGACCUUUAUGACAUCUCCGAGUAUCACAUCUUCUAUAGCAGGAAUGCAUCUUUCACUCUGGGAAUGAGAAGACUCACCCGCGAACGUGGCGGUGUCGCCAUUGUGCUGAACUCACAGAGUGGAGAUGCCAUUGUCAGCACAUGGGAGUGUCUGGCGCCGUUCGGUCGGUUCCUCGAAUUGGACUCCGUUUUCGAGCAGAUGUCCUACAAAAGUUUGACAGAGGCAACUGAAUCCAAGGUCCAAGACUCCUAUAGUCUAUAUGUGCUUUUACCCAAAGGCAUGGAUUUCUUCAUCAUGCUAUCCUCAAUAGCUGACGCAAUCGGAUCCAUCACCCAGGAUAACUACGCAGCGGGAUGUUCUCAGCAAGACACCCUCGCACGUCAUCGCACUGGCUCGGGCCAAAAAGCUGCAACCUUAAAUCUCGGCGUAAUGCUGGAGGACGGCGUCCAGACCGAGAACGCCAAGUUGCGCAAUAUCCUGUUGGGUACGGGCUACCUGAUGGGAAUCACACAGCGUGAGCUCUACGCCUUACUCGAGCACCACUGCGACCCAUCGGCCUCUGUGCUUGGACCCCUGAAAAAUCAAGUCGUCGUCUAUGGCAGAAGAAGAGGGUGA